AUAAUCAUCACGGAUUAAUGAAGAAAUUAAACUUAUUUUAAUAGUUUUACAUAAGUAGACAUGUUUAAGUAUGAGUUUCAAAAGAGUAAAACUAAGUUUUAUUGACUGUAACGUAUAGUAAAAUGCGCUGGUUCUAAGAGAACAAUGAACGAUAGCGGUGCAGAAUGUUCCGAGGCCCUUGAUCCCAGAGUACAGAUAGAACUAGAAAGACUGAAUACGGCCACUGAUGAGAUCAACAGACUGGAAGUAGAACUUGAUGAGGCUCGUCUCGCAUUUCGGCGCCUCCUAGCUGAAGGCCACCUCCGGAUCCAGCAGUUAACUAAGAAGUUGGGAACCAGCGUGCACAAAGCUAGACCUUAUUAUGAAGCUCGAUUUAGAUCCAAUAUUACAUCACAAGAACUGCAAACAGCAACUCUUGCAUACGAUAAGGCAAACAGUGCCCACGCAGCUGCCAGGGAGAUGGUGUUCCUGGCAGAACAGGGUCUGGCGAGGCUCGCGGAGGGCUCUGAAGGUGGGGUCACCCUGGACCCCGCCUGGCAGGAGAUGCUUAAUCAUGCCACACAUAGAGUUAACCAGGCGGAGUCAGACCGCGCGCACGCAACGGUGACGCAACGAACGAAGGCAGCCGCCCACCGAGCUGCCUCCGCCCUUGUACAGCAACUACAAAAUGGCCUCAAGAGACACAUAGCAAAGUCCAGACCGUAUUUUGAGGAGAAAGCGCGCAUUAACUCUGCGCUGGAGAACCAGAAAGCGAGGAUCCAAACCCUGGAGGAGCAGGUGGCGGAAGCUAAACAGCAAUACUCCUCUGCCUUGAGGAACCUGGAGAGGAUAUCUGAUGAAAUUCAUAGGCAUCGGUCAAGACGACAGUCUGCCAGGAAUGACAUCGACCGGUCUACCAUAACGGAUACGGCCAGUGAUACCAACACGACGACAAGUGACAAGCUGGAGGAGUUGUGCGACCACAGCGCUGACGCCAGCGUCCGGGAGUGGCUGCGGCGGACGGCGGACGCCAGGCCCAGGUGUCUCACGGACGCCGACACCUGGACCGAGAUCGACCUGGACUACUCCAGCCCCGAAGAGAUAAGUUUCGAGAAAUGCUCUCUUCGUCCACGCUCCACGCCUGAGAAGUGUUCCCCACCAAGUCCCAUGGAGUCCAAGGUAUCUGCGGCAUCCCCUCGUCGCAUCAUCAGGUCCGUGGACCGCAACGCCUGCCUCCGAGCCGAGCUGGAGAAGGGCAGGCGACAGAGCUUGGAUGCGAUCCUUCACGACACCGGGGAGAAGGUCAAAGAAAUGUUUCAAGGGUUGUCGCUGUUCGGCGAGCGGCGCGGGUCGUCGUCGGCCCCGCGGUCGCCCCGCCGCGCGUCGCCCGGCCGACCCCACGCCGCCUCCUCCUCCGACGAGCGGUAUUCCGACACCGACAGUCUUGCCAGCGUGGAAAUGCUCACCGAUGAUCAAAUAGCAUCACUCAUGCUCGACGCACAGCUUGAAGCAGUCUGCGAAAGACUAGCCGGCGUCGCGGUACGACAGCCGCGCUCCCCCAAUUCCCCCGAAGCCAGAUUUUGA